AUGGAAGGUUCUUAUAAGAGAGAGCGGGCCAAAGCGUGUCGAACAAAAGCAAACCGCCUCACACUUCCCUUCGCAGACUGGAGGACGAACACUUCUUCAAUACACAGGAUCCUGUGUGUAUAUGUGAACCACAGCAGCGUGGUUGUUGUGAAUGUGAUCACUUACAACAAGGUUGUUGAGCUUGUGGACACGCGUGUGCUGAGGCUUGAGGCCAAUGGCUCGGUGUCGUUGAAUUGUAGGGAGACAGAUGUAUCGAUAGUUGGAUACUUUGGCGAUGCUCCUGCAAAGAACGGUUCACAGCACUGGAAAGAGUUCUUUCUGGAUGACAAGGGCCUCAUCGCAUGUCGAGAUUCGAUGAUUGUAAGCUUCGAGCCACCUCUACCGAGGUCCAUGCAGUUAUACACAGCAUCACCGAUUGAGCUCUACCUUUCCCAAAGUCUUAAUGAAAAGACGAGUCCGUAUGUUGACAUGGUGAGGACACAUGGCCACAAGCGUGCGUUCACACCACAGGACUUGCACUUCACACAGUCAGUGGAGACUCUCAACAGGUGCUGGAUUAAAAGAACUUUGCUUUUGACCCAGAUUCCGCAAAUGCAACAGACUUGGCUGGAUGAUUCCAUUUGCAGGCAGUUGCGACAGAAGAUCUCCCAAAUACCAUAUAUGAUAUUCAGGAUCAUGGCCAAGAUGCUCAAACCAUUAUCGAUAACUUACCUAUACACGCUGAUUGCUGCACGGCACAUCAGUUUAUGGCUUAUCUAUAUCAUGAACAUGAAGAUGCCAUCAAACUUACCACGCUUGAUUGACAUUUCUGCAACAGCACAACAGAUCGAUCUGAGAUUACAACAGUUUUCUUACUUGCCCAUUCAAUACUUACACACUUCACGGCAGAUGGAAUCUCAUAAGACCAAGCUGCUACCAAAGGACCAGUUUGCAGAGUAUAUAAGGCUCUACAAUACUCUCUGGCUUGUGAUCAACGACGUAACGUUGGGGUAUGUCGUGAGCUCUUUCCUGAAUGAAAACAAAAAUCAAAUAGUCAACGUUUUUGAUAAGUACGUGGUCUCAAAGGUGCUCUACUCUGAUUUGAACAGCAUUCUCAUGUGGCUUAUGGAUGCACCUGGUGGCAUCAAACUCAACAACGAAUUGUCUGCAUUUCUGAGUGAUUUCUUCAGAUGGAUAAUAGAAUUCUGGAAAAUGGCGCUCAUUGACCGCUUAAGGCCAAACUACAGUACAGUGAUACGUAUUAUCAGUGUGUCAUCCUUGUUUGGUGCCACGUUUGGAAUCGCAGUGUUUUCUGAUAUGCUAUCAAUAUUGACUUUCCAUAUUUACUACUUCUAUCUGGCCAGCGCAAAGAUCUAUCAUGGACAGCUCAGUGCAAUUCGCUCGUUGUUCAGAUUGUUCUGUGGGCAAAAGAAGAACGUUUUACGUCAUAGAGUGGACUCGAACGACUACACACUUGACCAACAACUACUGGGAACCCUUAUAUUCACGGUCUUAUCGUUUUUGUUGCCAACAGUGCUGAUAUUCUACUUGACUUUCACCAUCACAGCAGUUGUUAUUCUUCUAAUCACUGGGUUAUUGGAGAUGACCAUGUCAUUGCUGAAUCACUUUCCACUGUUUAUACUCCUGUCAAGAGUCAAAGACUACAAGAGGGUUCCUGGUGGAGUGGCAUGCUCGUCUUUAAAUGGGUAUAUACACUUACGUAUCAAACCCAUCGCACUCACAGAUAUGUUUGCUCCAUUCCGAAAUGUCUUACAAAAACUUCAAGAGUCGUAUUUGAGUGCUCCUGUUAUUACAGGACUAUUGGUUGGCCGUCCAGUUUACGUUCAGAGAAACAAGUUUUACAAGCUGUUGAAAUAA